AUGAACCCCGGCUCCGUUUCGCACGCUGCUCGCGCGAUUCUAGGUGCCGCAGGCACAGGCCUAAGCUCGACUAGCCGGUACUUAGUAGGUACAUGUACAGUACAGUACGUGCCACAAACGGCCGCCCGCGGCGAGACGGAGGCACCACUGUUGAGCGCCGGCCAUCUUGGGCCGAAACCUUGCCACGGCGCGACACUCGCAAGCCCUGUCCAGGCCAACCUGCCCGCUGCUGGCGGCGACCAGGCCCGCUUGGCUCGCGACGACGUCGUCGACGAAUGCCUUCUCGUCGCCCCGCCGUCGCUCGCCCGCAUGUGCGCCGUAUUCCUUCUCGGCAUCCGCUUCCGCCGUGUCAUGCGCCGCCGCCGCAGGCUGGCUGGUACCGAGCACGCUGGGGCGACGAUUCAAUCCUGCCGCAACCCACGCCGCGUCCGGCCCUCGAGGUGGGCAGAGUGCCAAGGAAUGAUGUCAAAAGUGAAAUUCCCACCGGCCUCACACUGUCUCUCUGGCACUCCACCAUGUGCCAGCCGCCCUUGCCAAUAA